UUCAGAACUGUGUCGAUCGGAGGACUGCGUGCGAUGUGUCACGCAUGACAUUUCAUAAAUGCAGGAGCAAGUUGCGUCGGCAUCGAUCUGCAUCGCCAGCAGUAGGAAAAGGGCUUCGGGGGAACCGAGCAGACAGCGAAAUCAGCAGAGAGCGCAGCUCUCGGGACAGUCAGCAAAACCUGCACUGAGGUGGAGGAGAUCGAGAAGGAGGAGGGAGAAAGGGGGAGGAGAGUGAAGGGGAAAGUCGAGUAAACUGGGGGAAGGGACCCGACUUUUUCCGGCUUUGCAGGGUCCCAUGAAGAGAAGAGCGCUACCUGUCAUCUCCCUCCGUCCUCUCUCAUCUUAUAGCUCUCAGGUCUGCGCCACACGAAAACCCGACACGACCUUGAGGACUGAUGCUGCAUGAGACAGAUGCUGCACCACAAGUUCUGAAAUACAUUUAAACCUUCUGCUGCGUCCUCUUGCUGCAGUGCAGAACUGUUUGCAUCUUCACUGACGCCUUUGCACGUGAUCAGCAAGAAUUUUAAGGUUUGAGACCAUGAGAUGGAUUUGUGUCUCCUGUCUGGCCGCCCUCCUAGCUCUGCCUGCUGCUGCAUGGUUAGCUGAAACAGAUAAAGGAAGAAAGAAAAUUGUACAUGUGAUGGAGGAUGAGAGUGGGCUAGUGAUUGUGCAGACAGCCCCUGGGAAAGUCCUAACACACCGAGGUGGCACCAUCAUCCUGCCUUGCCACUACCACCAUGAGCCAGAAGACACAGAUCCUGGUCGCCUCCGCAUCAAAUGGACAAAGGUGACAGACUCUCUAAUGUUUGAAGAUGUCCUUGUCGCUCUGGGUCACCAGCAACGCACUUUUGGCACUUUCCGAGGGCGGGCUUUCUUGCAGGGAUCUGAUUCCGGUGAUGCCUCCAUUGCCAUUCACAAUGUGACACUACAAGACUAUGGGCGAUAUGAAUGUGAAGUCACCAAUGACAUGGAGGAUGACACUGGAUUUGUGAAUCUCGAUCUGGAAGGCGUUGUGUUUCCAUACCACCCUCGCCUGGGGCGCUACAAACUCAACUUCUAUGACGCAGAAAAGGUCUGUAAGGACCAGGAUGCUAUCUUGGCAUCUUAUGAUCAGCUUCAUGCAGCAUGGAUGGAGGGACUGGACUGGUGUAAUGCAGGCUGGCUGGAAGACGGAUCUGUCCAGUACCCCAUAUCCAAGCCACGAGAAGAGUGUGGUAAAAAGGAAGCUCCAGCAGGUGUGCGCAACUAUGGUUACAGGCACAAAGAAGAUGAACUCUACGAUGCUUUCUGCUUCACCUCCAACUUGAACGGAAAGGUGUACUUCCUGAAGACCUAUAGGAAGAUGAACCUCGCUGAGGCGAUGGCCAUGUGCCAGAAGGACGGCUCUGAGAUAGCUAAAGUAGGGCAGCUUUAUGCGGCCUGGAAGCUCCAACUCCUGGACAGAUGUGAAGCAGGGUGGGUCCAAGAUGGCAGCAUCCGUUACCCAAUUGUGAACCCCCGUGCUCGAUGUGGUGGGCCUGAGCCAGGGGUCCGUAUGCUUGGGUUCCCAGAUAAGAAAUACAGACUGUAUGGGGUCUACUGCUUUAGAAAGAACAACGACACAGGCCAGGACUUUGGGAAUGAAAUCACCAGGAAAGGGCAGUCCGGUGUCAAAUCUGCUAAGACUCACUAUACCAGUGACAGGCUCGAACCCUCGAAUAUUUGAUGGGAUGAGCCAUACUGGUUUGGGAAGUUUUUUUAGCUUGAGGAAUGGGAUCUUCAGGGCUCAGAGGGAGUUCUUUUGUUGAAGCUCUGUCUUUUUCUAAUUAUAACAAUAGCUUGCUGGGCAGCCUGGAUUACAAUACUAGCUUAGAAUUUAGCAUGCUCAAGGAGUAUUAGCUUAUACUCCAUAAAAUAAAGAACAAUGAGUAGAGGAGCUGCACUUGCAGAGCUGAAGCCCCUCAAUUAUAAGACAAGGGUGAGGAUAAAGUGAGCUCCUGUACCCAGACACUUUCUGUGUCCUUAAAGUAAUGUGUCAGGAAAAUGAAUUGAACCUCAAUCCUUCUAGGGUGGGCUCUGGGCCCCCAUCACAAUGAAUUCGAAUGAGCGGGUUGGGACAAUGCAGUGUGGUGUUACAAUAAAAUGAAACUGAAGUAGCCACAUCUGA